AUGAUUAUAAAAAUAAUAGAGUAUUUGAUUGGGAAAAAGAGAAAGAUAAAAUUAGCAUUACAUAAAAUUUAAUAGGAAACACAAUUUUAUAAAAUAUAAGUAUACUUUAUUAGAGAAUUGGAUAUGAAAUAGAAAAAAUAAAAAGAAUAUUUAUUGAUAAUGAUAUCAAUUAGGGAUAUUUUAGAGAUCAUAGUAAAUUCUAUUAUCAUAGUAAUACAGAAUGGUUCUAGCAUACUAGCUCCAGUAAAUUUUGAUCUUGCUUACUGGUAUUGAUUAUGAUCAAUUAUUAGUAAAGAAGAGAUCAUAAAUAUUGAUUUUGAUUUUGAUACUCAGAUUUCUAAUUCAUAAACAUAUUAAGAGAAUAAGAAUUAUGAUAAAUUUGAUUUAGAAUAAUGGCUAUUUUAUUAAGAUUAAGAAAGAAUUGGUUUAGAAUUAGCUAUAGGAGGAAUGGAUAUGAUUUUAGCAAUUCAUAUGUUUUAGGAGAAAUAGAAAACAAAUAUUGAAGAGUUCUUUGAGAUAUUAUUAAGAGAUUAGAUGAGGAUUGGAUAUUUAGAAGGAAUGCAAUUAAAAGUGAAUUCAAGUUUAUUUUAUUAAAGAAUGGAUCAAAUACAAGUAAUAAUUAAGGAAGCAUUAACUAUGACUCAAGAUAUUAUCUCUUGA